AUGGAGGAUGGAGGAUGGAGGAUGUACUCAUGCUCAUGGGUUUAUAUAGAUACUCGGUUGGGUUGGUGGCACGGCUCAGAAGGUGUGCUGUGGUCGAUGGUGGACGGUUGUGUGAGGUUUGGUGUGGCUGAUCCGAUGGAUGACGGAUGGCAGGCUGGAAGGCAGGCAAUGGAUUCCGGGUAUGAAGUGGUCGAUCUACCUGCCUGUCGGACUGCUGGCACUGGCCUUAAGCUUGGUGCUAGAUGUCUAGCCGGAGAGCAUCGAUUCCUAUUCGUGAUCGUGGUCUAG